AUGGAGAUUUUAAUGAAAAUAUUUGUUUUAACUUUCUGCUUCUUGCGACAUCAACAUGUUCAUGCGGUGCCGUGUAAAGAGCAAUUUAAUUGCACAGAAGAGUGUACUCCUAAUGCGAAUUUAGUUUCUAAAACACAGUUUGAAAGUUUUUUGUCUACAACAUUCACCGGAAGUAGAGCUUCCUACAACACGCUGGUUCCACCGAGAGCAGAUUUGUCUGUUGUUCAGGUAAAUAUGUCAUUCGAUCUUUUACAAGUAAUAGAUUUCAAUGAAGUCGCUGGAACUUUAGAGAUCGUAGGAUUUCUUACUCUUCUGUGGCAUGACGAACUUCUCGAUGAUUCAUUUGAUGAGGUUGAUCACGGCAGUCUUACCAAAUUUCUCAUUCCAGAGAACUAUGUUUGGAAACCACCUGUUUCUGUAUUUAACUCGGUGAAAGCUAUUAUACCGAUCGCAGAUUCUACAUAUCACGUUCGAGUUCAGAUGGGCUAUACGACAUGUAUUAAAAAUGACAGUAAUGAAGGAACUAUUACAAAAACUCUUAUCAAAGAGGUACCAUUAGUAACGUGGAAACCAGGUAUAAAUUCAAAGUCCGCCUGCUUUAUCGACGUCACCCAUUUCCCUUUCGACUCACAAGAGUGCGUAGUGAGGUUUAUAUCCUUUGGACAUCCAAGUACAGAGGUCAAGUUCAAUGCUUUGGAACCGGAAGUAAAUAUAACAGACUAUCAAGAUAACAUGGAGUGGACUUUGGACAGUACGGCUAUCGAGGUCGAAGAAAUUGAUGGUUCAUCUUUUAUCCUUGUAAAAUUAAAAUUUACGCGACGUCCUUUGUAUUUUGUAGUAAAUCUUGUUACUCCUAUUUUGAUACUAGCUGUGAUUAGUACUCUUGUAUUUUUGUUGCCAGGGAAUUCUGGUGAACGAAUUGGUUAUUCUGUAACCGCUUUCCUAACCUUUGCUGUGUAUCUUACAAUGAUUUCUGAUAACUUACCGAAAACUUCCGAUCCUAUGUCUACGUUGUGCUAUUUUCUAAUGUGCAUGGUAGCCAUUAGUGCUGGAACUGCUUUUGUGACUAUCUUCACGCUGAGAAUUUUCCAUAAAGACGAGAAAAAAAUAGUUCCAAACUGGCUAUCCAAUUUAGUAGGCUGCUUAAACUGUAGAAUUUGUAGCGAGGAUGAGUUUGAGGAUCCAGAAUACCCUGUCAAUUUUGAAUUACAAAAGAGAGGGAAAAUUGACACCAGGAGUAUAGUAACGACUGAUUCGGACGAAGAACAUAAUCGUAAAUGGGGAGUAGAUUGGAAACUCGUCGCUUCUACUCUAGACAUGCUUUUCUUCUUGGUUUUCAUAGGACUAAACGCCAUUGUAUGCGUUGUAUUCUUAGUUCCACUUCUGGAACAAAUGAAUACUUGA